CAGCUCCGGGCCGCGGCGGGGGUCGGGGCGCCGCCGCGCCGCUGCCGGGCCAUGAGCGCCGUGCGCCCCGCCGCGACGCCCGCCCCGCGCCGCCGCCGCCGCCGCUAGCAUUGCCCCGGGGACGGCGGGGGUGGGGGGGGGGAAGGCGGCGGCGCCCCGGCCGUGGGGCUGCCCGGGCGCGCCGCGCCCGGCCGGGAAUGUGAAUGGCGCUGGGGGUGCUCGGCGGGACCGACAUGGAGUGGGAGAAGCUGCCGCGGCGGCCCGGGGAGGGCGAAGGGGAGGCGGCGGGGCCCUGGCCGGGCUGCGGGCGGCUGCGGCCCUCCUCGUACCGGGCGCUGCGCAGCGCCGUCUCCACCCUGGCGCGCAUCGACGACUUCUACUGCGAGAAGAUCGGGGCCGGCUUCUUCUCCGAGGUCUUCAAGGUGCGGCACCGUCAGUCGGGCCAGAUCAUGGUGCUGAAGAUGAACAAGCUAACCAGCAACCGGGGCAACAUGCUGCGGGAGGUGCAGCUGAUGAACCGCCUCUCACACCCCAACAUCCUCAGGUUCAUGGGGGUGUGUGUGCACCAGGGACAGCUGCACGCGCUGACCGAGUACAUCAAUGGUGGGAACCUGGAGCAGCUGCUGGACAGCCCUGUGCCCCUCUCCUGGUCCAUGCGUGUCAAGCUGGCCCUCGACAUCGCCCGUGGCCUGCGCUACCUGCACUCCAAGGGCAUCUUCCACCGCGACCUCACCUCCAAGAACUGCCUGGUUCGCUGCGAGGCCAAUGGCUACACAGCUGUAGUGGGUGACUUUGGCUUGGCAGAGAAGAUUCCCACCUACAGCGAGGGCAGCGAGAAGGAGCCGCUGGCCGUGGUGGGCUCCCCGUACUGGAUGGCGCCCGAGGUGCUGCGAGGGGAGAUCUACAAUGAGAAGGCUGAUGUGUUCGCGUAUGGCAUCAUCCUGUGUGAGACCAUCGCUCGUGUCCCCGCUGACCCCGACUACCUGCCCCGCACCGAGGAUUUUGGCCUGGACAUCACCACUUUCCGCACCAUGGUGGGAAUUGACUGCCCGGCGGCCUUCCUCCAGCUUGCUUUCCACUGCUGCAGUAUGGAGCCCGCAUCCCGCCCCUCCUUCCUGGAAAUCACGCAGUGCCUGGAGGGUGUCCUGCAGCACCGGCUGGGUGCCGAGGGCGCUGGGGCCACCCUCUUCGGCGUCGGGGAGAGCCUGCCUGCGCCUGGGACGGCGGCCAUGCUCAACGGGGUAGCCGGGAGGGCAGCCGGCCGCGCCGAGCAGUCGCCCCUGCACGAGCUGGGGACCCAGCACCUGCAGCCAGACCAGCGCCUGUCCCGCAGCCAGUCCGACAUGUUUCCCCCCAAAUCGCCCGCCCUGCUGUGGCUGCCGGAGCCCUGUGGCGGGGCCAGGACCAAGGAGACGCCCCCCCGCGUCAACCCCUUCUCCCAGCGCGAGGACCUGAAGGGGGGGAAGAUCAAGCUCUUUGACACGCCGAGCAAGUCAGUCAUCUCGCUCACUUUCGACCUGCCGCCCCCCGCCCCGCUCCAGCUCAGCACCCCUGUGACGCCCGAGCCCGCCGUGGAGGUGCAGUGUGACUUCUCAGCCCCUGCCGCCCCCCCCCGCAAGUGCCACUCGCUGCCCACCUCCCCCGAGCUGCCCCACCGGGGGGGCCUGGCGCUGGGCGUGGCAUCCCCCCAUCCCACAGAUGACCCUCAGCCCCCGAUCCUCCUCCCACCCCCGGCUGGGAGUCGAGCCUUCCCUCCCAGCUCUGGGGCAGAGGAGAGGAUGGACUGUGGCCCCGACAGCCCCGAGCUGCCGCAGGUCCUCCCGCCGCCCCCCAACAGCAACUUCAUCCGCACGGCAUCCUCGGGCGCCCGACCCUGGCAGUCGGAGCCACGAGCCCCCAAUGGGCUCCUCUUCAACAACAACCACGUGGUGGUCAGCAAACCCCUGGCUUGGGGCAGUGGGCUGGAGCAUGGCUUCUCCGAGCUCAGCAUCCCCUGCGUGGCGGCACUGGAGCGGACGGAGCGUGUGGCCAUGCUGCCCGGGCACAGCUCCAGCACCGUGCUGGAGCAGGAUGAGGUGCUGCCCUGCCCUGGCUGCUGCCUGGGUCCCUUCAGCUUCAGUUUUGCCUCUGUCUGCCACCGGCCGGCACCCAGCCCGCCUCGCUACCAGAACCUCAACUGUGAGGCCAAGAGCCUCCUCUGCCAUGACCGGGGCCGCCACCAGAAAGCCCCGGGGCCGGUGCUGGCGGAGCCCAGCCUGAAGCUGCCGGAGGCGCAGUCCUAGUGCCGGGGACCCCUGGGGAGUGGGGCUGCGUCCGGCCGCCCCUUGCACCUCCCCACGGCUGCAGAGCCGAGCAGGUGCGGGGGCCCAGCACGCCUCCACGAUCCGUCCUUGCUCGCUCCACACUUGGUGGCCGCUGGUGGCCACAGUGCCGCGUGCUAUGGCUCCCACAAUGCUGUCCAGGCACUCGGGCACCCAUCCCACCAGGAUCGGCCUCAGGGGUCUGCGGGAAGCCCCAGGGGCAGGCUGGGUCCCUGCCAGGGACUGAAGUGCAAUAACACCCUUGCCCCGAGCACGCUCCAGUGCUGCCCUGGCAGGCAGGGCUGGUCCCCCAUGGGGUCCCUGGGGCUCAAACCUAGAUGCAGGACCCCCAUUCUUCAAGGGCUCACCCCUCUGCGGGGUGUCGCAGAGGUGUGUGCAAUGAGUCUGCUGCUCCAGGAUAACCAGGAGCCCCUCACGGCCCCCUGGCUGGGGGGGUGCGUGGGGCUGGGCUGGGGGCAGAGGGGUCAAUGCGUGUAUGUGUGAGUGUUGGAGGACUCUGGGGGGCUGGUGGGUGUCCCGGUGCUUCUCCACAAGUGUGGGGAGCACAGCCAAUCUCUGACACAGGGGAGGUGUGCAGGGGGCCAGGAGAGGGACGAUUCCCGCGGGGCAGUGCACAGGGAGGAUUGGCAGCGCUGGGGUUGCCCCUGCCCACCCAAGGCCAAGGGUUGGGUGCUGAGCCGGCACAGUGCCCCACGUCCCCCCUGCACACGGGUCAGGAGUGGGGUGCUGGUGGAGGGGCUGGGGUGCCAUCCUGGCACCGGGGGAAGGGGCCGGUGAGCAACACAGCCAGGCUGCCUGGCCCCUGGCAAGGGUGGGAGCCGGCUUUCCUCCCUCCUGCACAAUGCACUGGUGAAUGCAGAACUCUUGUGUUUUUUUAUUAUUAUUAUUAUUAAUAAUAAUAAUAAUUGCUAGUAAUAUAUACCCAGCUUAUUUAAAGUGUUCAAUAAAAACUGAAUG